AUGAAGACUAUAUAUAUAUUUAUAUUAUUAUUAGUCUUCAUAGUGACAUUAAUUUCUGCUGGUCGAGAUUUUUAUAAAAUUUUAAAUCUACCAAAAACAGCAACAUUAAAUCAAAUAAAAAAAUCUUAUAGAAAAUUAGCCAAAGAAUUACAUCCUGAUAAGAAUAACAAUGAUCCAAAAGCACAAGAACGUUUUCAAGAUUUGGGUGCUGCUUAUGAAGUAAAUAUAAAUUUAAAAAAAAAAAAAAAGAAAAAAAUUUAA